UUUUAAUUAAAGAUAUGGAAAAAUCAACCACUUUACUCACAGUCGACCAAGAGUUAAUCAACAAAAUUCGCCAAAUUCAGAAGGCCAUUUACCAUGAAGAACAUAAACUCCAUCAAGAAAUCGCAACCUCCCUCACCAUAUCUAACCCAAUGGGCUAUUCCAAAAAGCGACAUAUCCUCUUCCUAACCUCAAUCCCUACUUCCAAGACUUAUCCAUCAAUCGACCCUCCCAUUCGCCCUUUAUGUUCAAUGCAACAGGGCCGACGUGUGGGUCUCUAUUUCUCCAAAAAUACACACAAUAAAAACAGAACAAUUUUGGAAAAUCUAAAGACAUCAAAGAUAGAUAAACUAAGUAUUUCAAAUUACGGAAACUCAAGAUGAGUCACUACAAUUCCAAAAGUCUUCAGAUCGAUUACAAGGUCACUCUGCACCUUCAGUGGCACAAUGGUCCUCUUCAAGCUGACCAUUUCUUCUUCCUAAACUCUUACUCCUGCUCAAGGCUAGUUCCCUAGCACAAUCUGUGACCUUGUCAUGGGCCAGUGUGAUCUAUGAUAAGGUCAGAGGAAUUACUAGGGGGAAUAGGUGAUUGGGGAAUUUGAAAUUUGUUAAUUGAGCGGUGUAUUCAGGUUGGGAAGAUAAUCCUCAGAAAUUGGUCGAUCUUAUUGAAAUCAUCGACCAAGUUAUUGAACAGAAAGGUGUCGGGAAUCUUAAAAUAAAAGAUGCAUAUGUUUCACCAGAAUUAGUGCUAUCUAUUCAAAGGAGAUUUCCUUAUGUAGUCCAUGAAGAUAAGCAAACUAUGCAGUCAAACCAAAUUUUCUUACCACGGCUUGAAUUAGGCCAUUCUAAUCAAACUACUCUUCAGUCAUCUCAUACAUAAUGUCACAUACUUAAGCAGAGUUACUAAUUAGUAAGGAAUUUUAUAAAAUUAAUGCU